AUGGCUGAACAGCCUGAGCAACAGCAGAUGAGAACUUCCUUCCUCUUCAUCCAGCUGCAGGCCCCCCCUGCUGGAGCUCUCCCCUCCCGUUCUCCAGCCCUUGCAGCCUGGACAGCAGCCCCAGGGGGCCUGGAGGAGGGACACAUUUUCCCAAGUCCCAGGACUGGCCUCUUGGCAGGCCGGGGCCUCAGGCGCACACAGGGCUUGGCUGCUCCUCCCUUGCGCCUGCUGCAGAAGGGGGGCUCUGGGACUGAGGAUCCAGCUGCUUUCCGUUGCUCUGCUCUGACGGAGGAGGAGAGAGAGGAAAAACCCCAGGAUCUGGAUGGAAGGAGGGGUGGCGUUUGCAGAUCCCCACGUCACAGACCUUCCCUGGCCCCUGCCUCCAGGAAAUUUGGACGACUACAGCCCCUGUCAUGCAGCCUUCCUAGCCCAGAUCCCGUAAUGAGUGAUGAAAGCAGCGAUUCCUCCAUGGGCUGGGAGCACUGGCCAGCCAUCUCUGCCCCCCAGGACCUGCGGAGUGCAGACCCUUGGUCUUGGGAUGCCUUGGGAUGUUCAGCUCCACAGGCCAACCUGGCUCACCCUACUGACAGGGGUGAAAGCGUUACGCUGAAGACAGCUGUCGUCACCUGCCAGGUGCUCCCAAAGAGCUGUGAAGAGGGCACCACAGGGCGAGCCAGAAGAGCAAGGCUCUACAGAUACUCUCCGCGCAUUCAGACCAGCCAGAGCUACCCCGCCCCGCCUGCCACUCUGCCUCUCAAGGCAGAGACAUUUGUUUGGGUUAACAAUGCAUCAGCGCAUUCCCAGAGUGUUGCCAAGGCCAAAUAUGAGUUUUUAUUUGGCAGAUCUGAAGAGAAACCUCCAGAUACUAGUGAUCAUGGAGGAAGCACUUUACUCCCACCCAAUGUCACAAAUGAAUUUCCAGAAUAUGGGACCAUGGAGGAAAGUGGAGAAGGCCUAAGAACUUCUCUUGGGUUUGAUACAGAGUCUCUGCCAGGCGGCCCACAAGAGCAGCAGGGGGUCCAGCUUCUUGAUGACCACCACUCUGGGCCUGACUGUGUUACAGAAGGACCAAAAGAUGUCAGAGAGUCCCUCUCUCAAAGUCACCUCAAGGAACAAAGUUUACAACCCAUUGACUCUUUGAUAUCAACUCUGAAAGCCACAGAAGCCAGAAUAGCUUCAGGAACAUUACAGGCUACAAAGGUACUGGACAAAGAUGCUAUUUCUAGUUUUUCAGUUCAGCAGGUGGAGAAGGAGCUGGACAUUGCCCCUCAUAAAACAAAGAGACAGAGAGCCAACAAAUCAUUUCCUGCUGGCCAUGAAAAAGGACCAGAUAUACCUCUUUCAGCUGAAGUUACAACUGAGGAGAAUUCUUACUUGAGCAUCCAGAAGGAUCUGACUGUGCUAUUAACUGGAGAAACUCAGGCAGAGCUUUCCAAGGUAACUGAUGUUGGUAGAAAAGGGGCUUUUUGUGUGCAGGAACCAGCUUGUUCAGUAUCCUCCCUGGGUAGCCCAGCAGUGACCCAUACCUCGGCGGGCAGUGUUCGUUUUUUGAGGGAAAGGAGGUCUGAUCAAGGUAGCUCCACAGGACGCCCUGGCCGGGUCAAACAUGUGGAAUUUCAAGGGGUGGAAAUAUUGUGGACAGGAGGGGAGAAAAGAGAGACACAGCAGCCUGUGGAUUUUGAGAUCCCAUUGGAAAGGACGACCUCUCCUGAAAGCAGAGAGUUUUCCAAAGUGCCAAGCCGUCUCAUCUCAUCUGCUGGUUUGUAUAAUUCAGUUGGUUUAACUGAGAGUGUUUGGGAUGAAACCUGGAACGCUUCCUCAGAGAAUCCAGGCACUGGCUCAGGGACAUUUUCCCCUCUGCCUCUUGUUGACAGUGGAGAGGAUGAAGUCUUCCUCAAGGACAACAAAGAACAUCUUGAAAAGAAACCUGAACUGGAGAGAGACAAGGAAAGGACUCUUGAGCAAGAGGAGCACUUUAGGGGAGGAGAUGAUGAUAUCCUUGGGCCUGGGUAUACAGAAGACUCCACUGAUGUGUACAGCUCCCAGUUUGAAACCAUUUUGGACAACACUUCCUUAUACUACAGUGCGGAGUCCUUGGAGACGUUAUAUUCAGAACCUGAUAGCUAUUUUAGCUUUGAAAUGCCCCUCACACCAAUGAUACAGCAGCGCAUUAAAGAAGGCAGUCAGUUCCUGGAGAGGACGUCGGUGGCAGGACAGCAGGAUGUCCUGAGCGUCUCAGCAGAUGGUGGAAUAGUGAUGGGCUAUUCUGGUGGGAUCACCAAUGGAUUGACUGACACCAGUGACUCCACCUACAUGAAAGGCAUGCCAGAGAUUGCUUUCUGGGGAAGCAAUGCUGGGGUAAAAACAACACUGCUAGAGCCUCAUUCUGAGAUGGGGAGCACUGAAAUUCUGGAAAAGGAGACCUCCGAAAGUCUCAGUAAUGGUACCAGCAGCAACGUAGAAGCAGCCAAAAGGUUGGCCAAACGCCUUUAUCAACUAGACAGAUUCAAAAGAUCGGAUGUCGCAAAGCACCUAGGCAAGAACAAUGAAUUUAGCAAACUAGUGGCAGAAGAAUAUCUGAAGUUUUUUGAUUUUACAGGAAUGACACUGGAUCAGUCUCUCAGGUAUUUCUUUAAAGCAUUUUCUCUUGUGGGAGAAACUCAAGAACGAGAAAGAGUUUUAAUACACUUCUCCAAUAGAUACUUUUAUUGUAACCCAAAUACCAUUGCUUCACAAGAUGGAGUCCAUUGUCUCACCUGUGCAAUGAUGCUUCUUAACACGGAUCUCCACGGCCAUAAUAUUGGAAAGAAGAUGACCUGCCAAGAGUUCAUUGCAAACCUCCAAGGCAUAAAUGAGGGUGGUGAUUUCUCCAAGGAUCUACUAAAAGCUCUGUACAACUCUAUUAAGAAUGAGAAGCUAGAAUGGGCAGUAGAUGAUGAAGAGAAAAAAAAAUCUCCAUCUGAAGGUACUGAUGAGAAGGCUAAUGGAACACAUCCAAAGACCAUUAGUCGUAUUGGGAGCACUACCAAUCCAUUCUUAGACAUUCCUCAUGACCCAAAUGCUGCUGUGUACAAAAGUGGAUUCUUGGCUCGGAAGAUCCAUGCAGAUAUGGAUGGAAAGAAGACUCCAAGAGGAAAGCGAGGAUGGAAAACUUUUUAUGCUGUACUAAAAGGAACAGUCCUUUAUUUGCAAAAGGAUGAAUAUAAACCAGAAAAAGCCCUGUCUGAAGAGGAUUUGAAAAACGCUGUGAGUGUGCAUCACGCGCUGGCAUCCAAGGCCACAGACUAUGAGAAGAAGCCGAAUGUGCUUAAACUUAAAACUGCUGACUGGAGGGUCUUGCUUUUUCAAGCCCAGAGUCCAGAGGAAAUGCAAGGGUGGAUAAACAAAAUUAACUGUGUUGCAGCUGUAUUUUCUGCACCACCAUUUCCAGCAGCCAUUGGAUCUCAGAAAAAGUUUAGUCGUCCACUUCUGCCUGCUACUACAACAAAAUUGUCUCAAGAGGAACAGCUGAAAUCUCAUGAAAGCAAGCUGAAGCAGAUUACCACUGAGCUGGCUGAGCACCGCUCAUAUCCCCCAGACAAGAAAGUUAAAGCCAAGGAGAUAGAUGAAUACAGACUGAAAGAUCACUAUCUGGAGUUUGAGAAAACCCGUUAUGAAAUUUAUGUCAGCAUUCUAAAAGAAGGAGGCAAGGAGCUCCUGAGUAACAAUGAAAGUGAGGCUGCAGGACUGAAGAAGUCACAUUCAAGUCCUUCACUGAAUCCGGAUUCAUCCCCAGUCACAGCCAAGGUUAAGCGUAACGUGUCAGAGAGGAAAGAUCACCGACCUGAAACACCAAGCAUUAAGCAAAAAGUCACUUAGAAUCCAUCUGUGACCAGGAAGUACUGGUCAUGGAGCAAAAUAGAGUUUUUCAAGAUCUUUCUGGUAAACCCGUGAAUAUAUUUUUAAACAGUCUGUGACUAAACGGUGCAUUAGUAACCUUUUCUAUUGUAUAGUUUUGUUAGUUUCUGUUCUGAUUGUCUCUUUGCUCUUAAUUUCUUCGCUUUGAUGAUUUUUUUGCUACUUGAUGACUAAUGCACCUUUUUCGUGAGGGGGAGGGGAUCAUGAUUUCAGAAUUAAUUGUGUGUCACUUUUCCUUUGGUUUUUUUCUUAUUUGCCCUCUGCUCAGUCAUUUUAUGUAUUCUUGAAUCAGCUAUUACACUUUUUGAAGGUUAAAAAAUUUAAUUCAUUAUGAAACAUUUAACUGGACGAACUUGGUAGUUAGCAAAUUCUAGCCAGAGUUCAUAUAAGCCUUUAUAUGUGAAAUCUUGCUCAGUCACAGAGGUGAAAUGAGCACUCACAGAAAUUCAGUUAGGAAUUACAGUUCUGGGACUCAAGAUGUUCCACUGUGAUGCAGGUGUGCAUACAUCUUCGCACUUAUUGUUGAGGUGUGAUCCUGCUGAAAGCAGGGAUAGGAAGUGUGAAGGUCAGAGGACUUGGAGAACCUAAGAAGUGCAUUAGCUUCCUUGAAGUGUUGAUUACAUUUCAGCCAAAGAAGGAAAGAGGGAGUGAAAUCUUUUGCCAUUGAAGGUUGUGGAAAGACAACACCAAGUUCAUUUUGUUUCCUAAAGGGUAGUGGCAAUAAUCGACUCUUGGGGAGCUGUAGCCGUAGGCAUGUGGUUGGUGUGUAGGAAAUUGUUACCUCACUCCCAGGGUCUAGACUAGGAAUCCAGAAUCAUCUCUAUCAUCAAUACCCUGUCAUUCAGGAAUUAGGUUAUUCAGUCAUGGUGUUAUUUCCUGUUUAUGAAAUACUGGGGUCUUCCUAACAAAAUAAUGUUGCAAAUGGAACCCCUUUUGUUCUUUUUUUAAUCAAGACAAAAUAAGACAGGAAAAAGUAGCUGCAGUUCAGCAAUGCAAUGAAUACUGAUUCUUUAAAAUAAAUCUGAAAGUAAUAAAUUGAAUGAAUUGUGGUUGGAAAACUGAAGAAUCUACUGGUUGCCUAUGCAAGGUUACUUACUUUAUUCUUAUCUCAGUCUUUUUGAUAGCCAAUUCACUCUGCUACUAUUGAACUUUUUCCUAAAAAUAAGUACUUUAUUUUAAAUCAUUAUUUUCUACCUACGCAAAAUAGUUCUAUUAACCUUAUAGUAAUGAGUCUGUUCCGGGGAUGGUCCCUUUGCAGUUUAGGAUGAGAAACAGCACAUUCUCUUAUAGAGGAAGAGAAAGUGAAAAAUGAGCCCUCUAUGAGUUAGAAGUUUCUGAUUUUGAAAUCCUGAAAUUUUGUGAUCCUGAAAGCUAUAAUCUCCAUGACUUCAGAUCUAUUGGAAUCACUUUGAAUACUCUUUUCCUUCCCAUACAUAUUUGCUCUAGUUCUACUCAGUUUAUUAGUUAAAGGUACUAUAACCAAAGAAUCAGGGACUCUGCAUGAAUAUCAUGGUUCUGGUAAAUUGGAGAAAACUUGCUGUUAAACCGUGGUGGUUUCUAGUGGCAUACUGUUCUGGUAUGCCAGCAUUAUUUAUUAACAUUUAUUUCCUUUACCUCUAUAAAUGCCCAUAUUUGCUAGUGCCCAGAAAAGAGAAACCCCAUGCUAUGGUUGUAGCUGCUUGCUUUGUGAUAAAUAUUUUGCCACACCUUUGAAAAACUUACUCUAACCCUCCAUCUUGUUUAUAUAAAGGCAAUGACUAAAUUUAAGUUUCAGAACCAUAAAACAAACAAGGUAGUUACCAAUAUGGCCCUGUGUACCUGAUUCAUUUCUGUAGCUUCUGACCAAAUCUAAGAUUUCCAUGAGGGAAUCAUCUAUCUUCCUUAAAUCUGAAUAAUUAGCCUGUUUGUUUUCUGCCUAGUUAUUUAUACCAAGCAGAGAGAAAUACCUAGACUAUAUCAUCUCUGAGCUUCAAUAACUAAAGAAAAAUAAACAUCCCUGAUUGGCUUGAAUGUGUUUGUCCACAGUGUGACUGUGUCUGUGUAUAUAGAAUGUCUCUGUGUAUUUUACUUACAGUAUAUAAUAGACAUGAAAUGGUACCUUGUUGCAGUGUUUCUGACAUUUAGAGUAGUUCUGAAAUGCUCAGUUGGCAUCAGCACCACUACAGCAUUAUGCCUAGUGUAUGAUUCACUAAUGUUAGCCACAGGAACUGCUAUAUAUGCUAAUAGAUAAAUGAAUGAGAAGGACACUUGGAAGCUGCCAUAUACUAUGUUUGCAUAGUUUCUCUUUAAAAACAACUGCAAAAGGUUUUUCUGUUAGCCAGGAUCCCAGAUUGCCCUGGCAUGAUGUUGCCCAUCUGCAGGGAUGUGUUGAGCGAUACCUCUGCCCAAUCUGUUGUCAGUGCACCUAGCAGGCCAAGAGUGUAUCCAAUAGGAGGAAAGGGCCCCUGAUUUGACUAGAUUCUGAAUCUUGCCCAUAGCCAACCACAAUUUCCUUCAUGAUCAUUUCUUUCAUGUGGUAUCUAGUCAGAAGAAACUGAAGACAUUUCCUUUCACAGCUAUCCCAAGCCUGCUACCUUGUUCACAGUACAGGGGACCUCUCCUCCUUUCCUUUUGAAGGUACUCCCCCUCUUCCCAUCCCCACUCCUCACCCAUACCUCAGCACCAGGAGCCUUGGGAUUUCUCUCCAUGUGAUAAAUCAUUAUUCUCCUUCACAUAAAUACACUUAAUAUUAUUUUUUGUACAGAAAAUCUUGAUAGCCAUCAGAACACCUUGGUGAUAGUCUUGUUGCAAAAUUGACCAUAGAAGUGGCCCAUGUAUAAAAUCUUUUGAGUGUUUUCAAGAUUUGUUCCCCCACCUCGCAUGUUGACCUUUCAAGAGUUGUUAGAAAUCCAUUGUUAGCAAUCAAACUUAACUACUAGCAUGCAGAGUCUUCAUUUUAUUGCCAGGCUAUAGCCAUUGUUUGAAGUGAGUUUUUUAGAAACAUUUUGGUAACUCUUAGCAAUGCCUAAGUAAACCAACUUCAUGUAUUUUAAUUAAUCAUAAGUAAAACCAAUAUGUAGGAGACUCCUCUGGUAGAACUGUAGUUACUAUUGAUCUUAGGUAAAGAAGGUAGAAAUCAACUGUGCAAGACCCUCUAGGCUUCUCUGUUAUCCUAAUUCAGAAGAUGAGAACUGUGUCCUAGUCAAGAGCAGUAUGAGGGAAUUAAUUUUGGAAGAGCAAAAUUGGCUGGCUUUCUAAGGCCAAGCUAGAAGUGGUCUCUAGAGUUUGUAUUUCACCCUGUGGCCAAACCACAGAACUUCUGAGGUUGCAGAAGAAUUUAUAUAACCAGCAGUGAAGGAGAGUUUCCUGCUGGCCCUAGCUUGCUACUCCUUCUGAUGUAAAGAGCUUAAAAAGCUGUUCUUAAGUAAGGCAGGGCCUGAUUUGGUAUGAGCUUUAACUCUGCUCUGCCUUUAUCCCUAAUCAUAGACAAUGGAAAGAAACUUUACCUUUUAGAAGUUGUCUUACUAUCAAGACUUUCUUGAGUAUACUUAGUUGUUCUUAGAGUUUGAAUUCCUUUGGCAUCUUUCCUUGUAGUCAUCAGUUAGGCUUUUUAAAGCCAGAAUUCACAGGGAGUUUCAGAGCAUUGUAGGUCCAAGUUUCGGUACCUUAGCUCAUGGACCUAGUCAAGUUUUCAGCACAUUGGUAGCUACCUUCCUUAAUUUUAGCAGCGAACAAUCGCUUCACUUUUUGAAUGACAAUUUUUUCCAGUUGUAACAGUAACACUGUUAAGCAAAGAACCAAAGUGGCAUCCUAGGACUUAUUAAAAGUUUAGUUAAUGAAUAAUAGUGUGACUUUGGGUUUAAAUAGCAUCUGCUUUUCUCAGCAUCUAAGUUACUCUGACAAAAGAUCAGUCAGCCUUGCAGGCAGAUGAGUCUCUGGGUCUACCUUGCUCAAAAGCUUUCUUGCUGUCUCUUCUCCCAGGCCAGGUCAGGCUACUCGUUGGCCUCAGGUCAACAGGUAUUUCCAUCUGUCUUUUGACAUCUUAUACUAUCAAGUCACAUAGAGGACUUCAUAGGUCAGUAGUUCACUACAAAAUAAUCCCAACAAGUGAUAGGGAGGUGCUUUGUCCUCUCAGAUUCCUUCUCAGUGUCUCACUGUUAAAAGGGGGACUAAAGUCCAAAGCCAUUGUCAUUCUCCUUUUGUACCUGUAGUAUCCAAAACCCAAGUGGGCAGCAUUCUGCUUCAGACAAUAAUACCCAUUGCAUGCAAAGAGAAUAUCUUCAUAGAGAGAAUGUCAGUACAUACUUGAAUCUGCAUGAUAGUUUGUUGACUUGAAUGCAACAGCAAGAAAAUAUUGCAAGUUAAUUAAUUGUAUAUACAGUUUCCUUAAAUCUCCCUGGCUCAUUCUUUGUAAUUUAUGUGUAUCUGUAGUAUUGCAGGCUUUUGGAGAAUAUUCAUAGAGCUAGUACGUCAGACAUCAAAGAAAAUGCUUUCUGUCACCUGCCAAUGUUGUAUUGUGGGUAUUUAUAUUGUAUGUAUGUAUAUGUAUAUGUAUCAAUGUGUAGACUGUAUAUCAGUAUAUGGUAUAUGUAUAUCAAAUUUAUUUUUAUCUUUAAUAACCAGUGUGAUAUGAAAAGCAAGUAAAAACCUCAUAGGAUUGAUUAUAUAAUACAGUUAUUGAGAGUAUAUAUAGUGGUACUGUUUUAUUAAACUUAAAAUGAUAUUUUGAUUAGAUUUUUAAUAAGAUUGUAUGUUUAAAAAUUUCAUCUAAGAUCUUUGAAUCACCAGGGCAAAAAUGAUUCUGAACUAACUUUGUGAAACUAUUUCAGUGUACUGUGUACAAUACUAAUGGGAUAGCUCAUUAUAAUUUGCGAUAUACAGAAGAAAAAAAAAAAAACAGGCAUCCUAUGCAGUCUUAACAACUUCAGUAUUCUGAGCACUUAACCAUAAAAUCAAACUGACAGUUUUGGGCUUAUUACAAAAUGUGAUGCUUUAAAGCACACGUUCUUUAUUGUUGUAAUUGGUCCAGAAAAAUCGAGCUUUCAGAAGAAUUGAAUAGGUGCCCACCAUAUCAUUUUUGUGCCUGUGUCUGUUUUACAGUAGUUCAAACCACUCUUCUAGCACCACCUCCUUACCCUCUUUACUUUAAAGAAAUAUUACAAUGUUCAAGUGUAUCAGGGCUUCCCAAGAUCAGGUACUAUAUUCUAGGUUUGCAGUUGUACAAAUUAGCAUCUAGUAUCACAAGUAAAAGAAUUUUAGGGCAGGCUAUGGACCAGGUUAAAACUUUAUUUAAUAUUUUUAUACUUAGGUCUCACCCUGCCUCUCCCCAAAGAAGAGCCACUGGCCUUAGUUGUUUGAGCUUACUGCUUAUCUUACAGUGUGUAAAUAGAUAAUUAGAGAUUAAAUGUGUACUAACCAGCAUGUUUGGUGUAUUUAAAGCCACAACUGAGUAUGUUUGAGUGAGUGAUUGAGUGCAGUAUAUUUUUAAACAUACUCUCUCCUAUUCUUUGCAUCUGGUUCAGAGAAUUGGAGUUGUGGAGUGGGAGACUAAUCUUCAGCUCCAGUCUGCAGUAGUAUGUUGGUAGUUACAUUGGAGUUUUUAUUCAUUCUACAGUCUCAAACUAUUUUUGCAAAUAUAUUUCCUAAUUUGUUCUUGACGUGCAGUGAACUGGCUCUGUGACUUAUCAGCAGGGUCUUUGUUCUGCAAGAGUGUGUUUCUUUCUAAAAAUUAUAGUGAUUUGCAAAAGCAUCCAUUUGAUUCAGAAAGUAUAUACAAAAGGAGUAGCAAAAAUAAAGUUUCAUUUUGGGCCUUAAUCAUUUGAAAUGUUUGGACUUUUAAUACAAAGCCAUGUAGGUUAUAAAGCCAAGUAACCAUUUGGUGUGGAUAAUAAUAUUCACUGUAUAGAGAGUAUAUAUGCACAUUGAUUUUUAAUGCUGUUAGAAUACUUUUUUAAGCUAUAGGAAUGAAACUAAUUAGACCAAAUUGAAGUUAGGGGGCUUGUUAGGGGAAGUGUGUGAGCUGGUUGCCUUCCAUUUAAGGUAGACAUACAUGUGGUCAGUCCUCUGCUCCUGAGAGAUUCAGAACCAGUUUACUGUCCCCUUAGGUGUGUAGGGGGAAGUCUUACACAUCUGGGCCUCUCACACGUGUACAUACACUUGCACACAGUGCACAUAGUGAAUGUUUUAAGUUGUAGAAACUUAAAACACAAAGGGCCAGAGUGUAAAUGAGGUGAUGAACCUGAGUGGGUGGAAGCUGCAUCACAGGAAUGUUUUCUAAGGGCUAGGGAGGAGUUUGAGCUCUAAUGUCUGACUUUGAGAAGCAUUGGAUUUUUAACAAAUACUUGAGGACAUACUAUCACAUCCACCAAAUUGAAAUCUUUCUUAUAAUUCACAAGCAGGAGGUCUCCCAACACCCCGCAGUAGCAUGGGGACAUUCCAGAAGGCUGAUUGAUGUUCACUGUUUUCCAGAGUGGCAUUGCUGCUUGCCCUGGAGAUCAUUCCUUUGAGAUAGGAACAUAAAUGGAGCAGCAACAAAGUACUUACCAUAGGAGCAUUGAUGUGAAUUGUACACACUCCCUUUUGAGCUGUACUGGUGAGAAGCUCAGAUGGAAGUAUGCCGAACAGUUAAGCAAUGACAGUGAAGAUGGAGAUGAAAAGGAACUUAGCUAAAAUGUAUUUUCCUUUGCAGGGUAAAGAACUAAACUCUCACUAAUUGUGUUAUAAAAAGCACCUUCUCUUCAAUUCCUGAAAAUGUUGGUUAGUGGAGAGAAAUUUGGGGUUUCACUUGCCAUUUCCCUGUGAGCUUGUAUAGAUAAGACUUUAGACACUCCCAGGAGAAUCCUAUUCAGAAAGCUCAGUUAAGGACAGUACUGUAGGUCUGAGGCUCCUUGCUCUGACCCCUGAAUACUGGGGCACUACAGAGGGUGAUAAUAUAUUCUCUCUGCAAAGCGGAGCUUCUCUUCUGGCCUCCCACUCCACUAGGGCUUCUACUGAGCAGCAAGCACAUCCUGGAUUUCAGUGCUAUUUCCCCAGCUUUGGGAAUCAAGCUGUUCUAAGGGGUUGACCCUGCUGAGGAAAGAUAUCCACUCGGAGUGACUGAGUCACUGGUGGAGACACAUGACAAAGGUAUUUUAAAAAUUCUCUACCUAAGCCAAGACCAUAUAUUUUGCCUUUGCAAGAAACAAACUGGCACAUUGAAUUCUAACCAGGGAGGGAUGAUAUCUUGCCUUUGCACCCAGAUUUCUGGAAAUGGAUGUUUCAGUUCUGUGCAAAGGGUCAAGAAACACUAAGUUUAUUGCUUCGCAUUUCUACUCAGUUCAGAUGAGAGCUGUUGGGUAAAGGCCUAAAUGCCUCCCUACAUUCUCUUUUACCUCGGGUUUUAGGAGCCCGUUUCUAGAACAGAAAUUUAUACAAGUGGAGAACCAAUACUGUCAGCCUUGAUUACUAUAGGACAGGUAGAAGGGUGGUAGGUAGUAUGUAUCCUUUAACACAGAACAAGCUUCUAACUUUUCCAGCCUAGUAACUGAGUUAUAUUUGCCGUGAUUCAGAUUAAUUGGCAGUGUGGAACAUUCCUUUAUCUUCAAAGUUUUCUCCACCAAUCAUUGCAGUUUGACUGCAGUCCUGGUGCCAUAUCUCCCUGCAAACUGUGAAGGUAGUGACAAAAGAGCAGACUACUCCUUUUCAGUGGCCAGUCUGUCAGCAUUAGCAGACCUAGGUAAGCUAGGAAACCUGUUCCUUAUUAUCACCCACCAGAUUGAAGAAAUGCCAUCUCCUAGAAAAUUAUGGCAUUUAUGGUGGUCAUCUUUUUAAUGGAACAGUAAUUUAUGUGGGUAUUGUUAAAGUGUUUAGAGAAUUUUUGAAAAUUAAGUUUACAUUUUACAAUUGCUUUAUUUUUUAUUAAAAUAGUUGUAUAUAAAUAUUACCCCAUUUCACUGUUGUUGAAGUAAACCUAAACCAUGUAGACAAGUGAGUCACCUGAUGUGUAUAGAACCUGUGACAUAUACACAGUACUUUUCUCUAUUGUGUAAAUGUUUAUGAAUAUAACUGUUCCUGUGUUUUUAUAAGUUGGGGAUAAUUUGUUGUUUUACAACAACAAAAUCUAUUGGAUUUAAGUGGAUUUUAUGUAAUAGAAGUCAUGCAAAAUAGCAAAGGAUUUAAAAUAUGUAUAUGAUAUAUGUAAAUGUACAAACUUUAGAAAAAUAAAUUAACAAAUUUCAAUCA